AUGGAGAUGAUUCGCUGUGAAAAAGAAGAUAGAGUUACUACGCAAAUUUUCAUUUCAUAUUCGGGACCAAGGCAAAAUAAGCUCGCUCCUAUUAAAGUCUCGAAACAUCUCAAGGUCUUAGCAUUGAACAACACAAAUCCACAAUUUUCCUUUCUAAAUUGGAUUUGUUUGAAGAAAUUCAAAACCUAA